AUGAAGCUGCAAAGAGAUUCAAGAGAAGUCCGGGACCUCGCCCUAACCCAGCGGUGUUGGCUGAACCCCCGCUGGGGCAACGGGCGAGAUGUUCCACGUGGCACAUCACCUGAGAUACCUCGUGGACCAUCUUCUGAGAUACCUCGUGGAUCAUCACCUGAGAUACCACGUGGAUCAUCACCUGAGAUACCACGUGGACCAUCUUCUGAGAUACCUCGUGGAUCAUCACCUGAGAUACCACGUGGACCAUCUUCUGAGAUAUCUCGUGGACCAUCACCUGAGAUACCUCGUGGACCAUCACCUGAGAUACCACGUGGAUCAUCACCUGAGAUACCUCGUGGACCAUCACCUGAGAUACCUCGUGGACCAUCACCUGAGAUACCACGUGGACCAUCUUCUGAGAUACCUCGUGGACCAUCACCUGAGAUACCACGUGGACCAUCUUCUGAGAUACCUCGUGGACCAUCACCUGAGAUACCACGUGGACCAUCACCUGAGAUACCUCGUGGAUCAUCACCUGAGAUACCACGUGGACCAUCACCUGAGAUACCUCGUGGAUCAUCACCUGAGACACCACGUGGUCCAUCACCUGAGAUACCACGUGGAACAUCACCUGAGAUACCACGUGGACCAUCACCUGAGGUACCUCGUGGACCAUCACCUGAGAUACCACGUGGACCAUCACCUGAGAUACCACGUGGACCAUCACCUGAGAUACCACGUGGUCCAUCACCUGAGAUAACACGUGGAUCAUCACCUGAGAUACCACGUGGACCAUCACCUGAGAUACCACGUGGAUCAUCACCUGAGAUACCACGUGGACCAUCACCUGAGAUACCACGUGGUCCAUCACCUGAGAUACCACGUGGACCAUCACCUGAGAUACCUCGUGGAUCAUCACCUGAGAUACCACGUGGACCAUCACCUGAGAUACCACGUAGACCAUCACCUGAGAUACCACGUGGUCCAUCUCCUGAGAUAGCACGUGGACCAUCUUCCGAGAUACCACGUGGACCAUCACCUGAGAUACCACGUGGUCCAUCACCUGAGAUACCACGUGGUCCAUCACCUGAGAUACCACGUGGUCCGUCACCUGAGAUACCUCGUGGACCAUCUUCCGAGAUACCACGUGGACCACCUUCUGAGAUGUCCGUACAGAAUAUUGGGAAAAGACCGUUGUAGGUUGGACAGGAGAGAUGCUGACGAAGAAGGUAGUCAAUUAAACAUGACAUAAUGUUGUGUUACAAUUAAUGUUAGUAUUAUGGAUAUUCAUAUCUGUUCAAACAAGUAGCAGACGCUCAGUCAGGAACAUAACCCCCACCCCCUGUUGUAUAUUAUCGCUGUAAACCAGUCCAAAUAAGCCGGGGACAUUGCGAAAAUAUCGAGGCAGCACCUUCCGAACAACGUUAAUAUUACGUACCAUUGGUAAUUCAUCAAUUAAAUCUGCAUAUUGUUUGUACACGAUAAGUUUUUUUGGGGGAAGAUCGCGACACAGCCUGCCUAUUGUGGAUCCAUCUCGACUGACGACGUUUCAAUUCACGGGGCCUUUUCCAGGAACGUAACCCGACGUAGGUCCGAGGAGCGCCUGUACAGGUUGCACUCGCACACACACUGCUGCAGGUGUCAAGGUCAAGUGUGCGUGCGUCUACACACGUUGGGCUUCUUUAGCGCCGUACGCAGCCAACCGUUCUACUCGGAGGUGCGGAGUGUUGAGUCUGUGGUGCAGUG